GGGCUUCUGUAUAAAGGCCCUCUGGAGCCGGUCCCUGCCAGAGCCCAGAGCCUGCCGACCCACGCAGACCUUCUGCUCAGCCUGCUGCCCAGAGCCCCAUGAAGCUGACGGCCCUUCAGCUGCUGCUGUGGCACAGCGCACUCUGGCUAGUGCAAGAAGCCACCCCCCUGCGCCCGACCAGCUCGCCGUCCCAGAGCUUCCUGCUCAAGUGCUUGGAGCAAAUGCGGAAGGUCCAGGCUGAUGGCACAGUGCUGCAGGAGAGGCUGUGUGCCACCCACAAGCUGUGCCACCCCGAGGAGCUGGUGCUGCUCGGACACGCUCUGGGCAUCCCCCAGCCUCCCCUGAGCAGCUGCUCCAGCCAGGCCCUGCAGCUGACGGGCUGCCUGCAUCAACUCCACAGCGGCCUCGUCCUCUACCAGGGCCUCCUGCAGGCUCUGGCGGGGAUAACCCCCGAGUUAGCCCCCACCUUGGACAUGCUGCAGCUGGACAUCAGCGACUUUGCUUUCAAUAUCUGGCAGCAGAUGGAAGAGCUGGGGCUGGCCCAGGCAGUGCCGCCCAGCCAGGGCACCACGCCAACCUUCACCUCGGCCUUCCAGCGCCGGGCCGGAGGGGUCCUGGUGGCCUCCAGCCUGCAGAGCUUCCUGGAGCUGGCCUACCGCGCUCUGCGCUGCUUUGCCAAACCCUGAGCAAAACCCUCCCCAACCAGUGUAUUUAUCUUUAUUUAAUAUUUAUGCUUAUUUAAAUCUAAUAUUUAAAGACAAGGAAGAGCAGGACGGAGCCCCGGUCUCUCGGGUCCUUCCUGCCGUCUCCAAGUUCCAUUCUCCUGCUUGUGGCAGGGAGAAAAGCCCCCGUCUUCCUGUCCCCUGGACUGGGAGGUAGCUAUAGGUAAAUACCGCGUAUUGAGUUCCUGUGACUGCUCCCUGGCCUGACUCCACGGUGGGCACUGGGAAGAACCCCAGUGAACUCCCUACCCCAGCGGUACCCACCUUGAGGCCCCUGGAAGCAUCAAGAAGUCUCCCAUGUGGGAGACAAGACAACCCUGUUUAAUAUUUAAACAGCAGCGUUCCCCUCCUGGGUCCCCCUCGCUCUGGCCUCGCCAGCUUGGCUUGCGCAUGCCCCGUGCGCCAGAUCUUGCUUCUCCGCACGUCCCCUUCGCCACCAGCAUUAGGCCCCGCGGGAGGUGGCCAGAGCGGGGAGGCUUGACCCUGGGGUCCCACGAAUUUGCUGGGGGGAUCUAGUUUUUAAGAUGUUUUCAGGAAUAUUUUGACUUCCAGUAUGGGGAGCCCGGGCAUCGUUGACGUUUCUCAUCUUUCUGGAUGCCCUCGAGCAACAAUGACAGGCUCCUGAUGCCUGCCCCAGCCUCACUAGGGUCAGGAUUCUGACUCUUCAAGGGCCGGGCAGAGGCCCAUGUA